AUGGGCUCGUUGAGCAGAUCUCCUACUGCUUCCGCCACUAUUGUGGAUCAAGAGGACUUUGAUAAUGCUCUACAGGAAGACCUGUCGCUAUCUUCUUACACUGUAGGAGCGAGUUCCACCAGGCACAUCUCUGGGACGCGACCGAAAACACCUGAAAUCGAAACAGUGGAGAGCGAGUCCGAGGAAAGCUCUGAUGAUACUGAUGAUGAACGAUAUAAAUUGCACCAAUAA